GUGACGACUGAUGUGAAAUCCAAGGAGGUCGGAUUUCAGAUGGUGGUUCCGACCUGGGUCGCAAGGUCAAACUAGGUCGGUGGACCCGUCUCGGCACGAGUUUGGUGAUGGAUAUUAAUUAUUGAAGUGGAUGGAAGAGCAAGAUGCUUAGAAAUGACUAAUGCAAAGUUCGUAUAAACUUCAACAGAUGAUUACAGCCUGCAAUGUUGCUUGCCGCCUAGUGAUACGUUAACUGCAGGAGAUGAUGUACUCAUACGGCAAGAGUGGUCUGUGGCCGAGCGUGGAGGCUGGGCAGCGGACGGUCAACAAUCACACCAACAUCACCAUCUCGGGCCUGACUCCCUUCACGGUCUACACGUUCAGAGUGGUUGCCAUCAACGCCCUGGGCCACAGCCGGCCGAGCACCGUCUCCUACCCGGUCAACACGCAGCGGGAGCGUCCCGGCACAGCCCCGAACCUGACGUUCGCCCGGAACCGUUCGUCCACGUCUAUAGAGGUGGGCUGGGAGCCGCCGGCCAAUUAUACCCUGCACGGGGAGUUCACUGGGUACCGACUGACGUACCGGCCGGUGGAACCUAGCCGGACGCCAGGCACGGUGACGGAGGUGGACCUGCACGACAUCUGGCUCAGGAAAUAUUAUAUCGAUGGUCUGGAGCCAUUUACCAGGUACGAAAUAACACUUCAAGUGAAGAACCCCGAGUAUCUGAGUCCACCUGACACCAUUUCUGCCGUAACUUCUCAAGGAGUUCCAUCUCGGCCGGACAACGUGACGUUUCUGGAGGUCACUGACCGCAGUAUGGUGCUCGGCUGGACGCCUCCCCGCCACCCUAACGGCCUGCUGCUGGGCUACACCGUCUACUGGACUUCCCAGCAGGCUACCGUGCGCAGUGUUACCGUGUCCGCCGGAGACGUCACCUCUUACACACUGACCACGCUCGACCCAGACCAGGAGUACACCGUUUGGCUGAAGGCACGCACGGCCUCCGGAGAGGGGGACCGCUCGUUCCCAGUGACGUCACGAACUGACGUCAGUGGCCCGGGGGCACCCGUCAUCACCAACAUCAGCUGUCCUAGCGAUACGUCACUGGUGCUGCACUGGCGGCGACCGAAACUCAUUUACCGCUCUGUGGAUAUGUACUUUUUGUUGUAUCGAAGCAACGCGAGCUGGGACUUCGUGGAGCGUCACGUUCCACUGAAGGCAGACGGACUCAACUUAUCGAUAAUUCUCACAAACCUAACUACGAAUGAAAUCUACGAGCUGCGCAUUCAAGGUGCCACCUUCUCAGUGCUAGUUCCGAAGAAAAUAUACAAAGGCCAGCAGUCUGCCUCGGCAAAGGUGCGUAUGGAGCGGAACUGUCAGCAGAUUCAGCUGUUCAGCACGUGGCGACACCAGCCCAGCACGGCACUGGCUGGCGCCCAGCUGACCGGCGUACUUGUCGGCAGUCUUCUGCUGGCAGUCACCGUCGUCAUCGCCGUACUUUGGAGAAGACGCCAGCUGAAGCGCUGCUCGAUCGACUCGGACCUGAAGCCGUCAGGGAGCUGCGGCCGGACGGUCGGCUGGCCGGCGCCCUCGCACGAGGCGGUGCCUGCCCGGCUGUUUGCUCAGCACGUUCACCAACUGCAUGCUGAUGGCGGUGCCGGCCUGCUGAGGGACUGGCAGACCCUGCAGACCGCGCAGACCCUGAUCGACGAGACGCAGACCAAACUCGUAGAACAGGUCGAUGGUCGUAUGAUGCGAGUACCCCUCCCAUCGCGUCUGUACCGUGCUCGUACCGCGCUGGUACCGCCUGCCUACUUUGUGGACGGGUACCGACGGGCUCGAGCGUUCAUAGUGACAGAGCGCCCCGGCCCCGGGACCUCCUCUGAGGGCUUUUGGAGGCUGAUUUGGGAUCAGGGAGUCACCACUGCAGUCAGCAUCGGCGCUUAUCAGGCGUCUGUGACGUCACGUCUGCCGCCCGAGGCGGGCCAGGCGCGACCUUGCGGUGACCUUGAGCUGCGCUGCAUCGGCGACCACCUCCAGACGGGCUGUGAGGUCUCCGAGGUGGUCAUCACCAAACGAAAGAAGGAGAAGCGCCUGACCAUGUACCAGUUUACCGACUGUACCGAGUCCGGUCUCCCAGACGAUCCUCUGCCGCUACUGCAGUUAGUGCGGCGCACCCAGGCCACGGCAGAGGUCACAGCUACCGCUGCAGCUACUGCUACGGCAGCUCCACCGGUCCUGGUCGUCACAGGGCUGGACGGCCGAGGCGCCGGUCUGUACUUGGGACUGGCGACUCUACUCACCCAGCUGACUCGUAACCAAGAGCUGGCCGUUCUCUCCUAUUGUCAACAUAUCGUAGGUCAGUGUCCUCGUCUCUUAGGGACACUAGAAGAGUACUCACUCCUCCACGAGUGUCUUCUGGAGCGCGUCUCGGUCGGGGAGACACUGGUGCCUCGCGACUCGGCUCAGACCUACACAGAGAGACUGCAGGGCGGCGGGAGACACAGCUUCCCCUACCCGACCGCCGAGACACAGUAUAAGAGCGUGAUAGCGCUGGGCGCGCGUCACUUCACGGUCGUCUCGGCAGCCAAGCCGUGUAACGAGGCCAAGAACCGCAGUCUCAGCUUCAUCCCGAUGGAGCCAUCCCGGGUGCUGCUGCCCGGGGACGCUGCGCUGGAGGGCGCCAGCUACAUCAACGCCUCCUGGCUGCCAGGCUACCGAGUGAUGCGGGAAUACAUCCUGACUCAGCACCCGCUGCCCAGCACUGUGAUCGACUUCUGGCAGAUGGUGUGGCACUACCGAAUCACGACCGUGGCCUGCCUCUCUCCGGAGGGCUGCGGCGUGUUCUGGCCCUCCGAAGAGGAGGUCAUUCGGGGGUCCAACUUCGUCGUACGCUACAUGUCCGAGAGCGCCGAUUGCAGCGCCACCUACAAGACGUCCUGGGUGAUCCGCUCGUUCCUGCUGCAGUCCACUGUGGGUACCACUGAUGACGUCACGGCCCGGGUGGUGCACCUGCCACUGUGGCCGGAGGAGUGCUCGCUGGACUCGGUGAUGGAGGGGGUCGUCGGAGUGCGGAACAUCCAGGGCGACCGGCUGAACCCGCUCGUGGUCGUCGAUAAGUACGGGGGUACCGAGGGAGCCAGCUUUUGCUUACUGAGCACUGUACUGCGGCAACUUGAACAGGAAGCCAGCUUCGACAUAUUCACAUUCGCCAAGCUCUACCACCAGCGGCGACCGGGAAUCUGGAAAAACAUGCGUGAGUACCUGUACCUGUACCACGCGGUACAGGAGUGGCUGACCUCGCGGGGUCACGGUACUCUGCGGAGAGCCGGCUCCUGCACCAGUCUCUGUGAGAACCGCACCCCGACAGAGGUCAGCGUCACUGGUCUGCACGGCGUCAUGGUCUGAAUGGGGGACGUCACAUACGGCGUCAUUGUGUGAUGUGAAAGUGAUACGUCAUGUGUGACGUCAUGGUCUGAUGUGUAACGUUAUAUACACCGUCAUAAAAUGAUGUUUUACAUCAUAUGAUCAUAUAUGGCGUCGCGGUAUUAUGUGUGACGCCAUAUACGGCGUCAUAAUAUGAUGUGUGACGACGUCAUAUGAAGCGUCAUGUAUGACGUCAUAUACGAUGUCGUGGGCUGAUGUGUGAUCCUUGUAUGCCGCAAUGUAUGAUGCCAUGUAUGACGUGAUGUAUGACCACAUGGUAUGAUGUGUGACGUCACAUACGUCGUCACGGCCUGAUGUGAGUCGUCGCAUAUGGUGCCAUGCUCUUCUCCGUGACGUCACUUAGGCAGAUUGUUGUUUGAUGUGUGACAUCAUGGUGACAGGUGACGUCUGCCACGGUGUAUCAUGACGCUAUUGUCAAGCUUGUGAAUGGAGGUGAUCGGUGAUGCACUAGCGCAGUGACUGAAACCGAUGUUUGACGGAACUGUGCGAUCAUUCAGUUGGCUAGUGUCGUGAUGUUAUGAACGAUCAUGUGAUGUGACUGUAGUAUGAUAGGUAAAGUGACAUGAAAUGAGGGAUGUCGACACUAAAUACGUUGCUACCCAGCACCCACAUUGCAAGAAAGAGAGGACAACUCUCAUUUUAAGGUUUGUGAAGCAUACGCGUGACAAAAGAGACGCUC